GGCUACUGUGCCAGGGGCGGAGCUAUGACGUGAGCCAUAGAGCGAGGAGCUUGUGAGAGUCUUUUCCUCACGUCAUUUGAUUUGAUGGCAAGUGCUGGAAGCACAGGGAGCCUCGCGGUGGGGAUUUUAUUUCUCUUCGCUCUCCCCACCUCCUCCGUUGUAUAAUGAGUCUCCUUCCCGGCCGGACACGGACACAGACUCGGCCUUAAACGCCGGAGCCACAUAUGGAGCUGCCGCUACACUGGGGGGAGGGGCGUCCGUGAUGCGUUAGAGAGCUCAGGUGUAAGUGCGCGGGGUUCCGGGGUUGUACAGCAACAGGAGACCUUCGCACAGAGGACCCCCCGCAUCUUGCUUGGCUCAAUCUCUGUUAUACAGACCGUUAGUAUCCCAUGACUGGAAGUAAGAAGAUAGGCUCACAUAUAUGUUGGCUAAAGCAGGAAAGCGAAAGUUUGACGAGCAUGAAGAUGGGAUGGAAGGCAAAGUGGUGUCCCCAACAGACGGACCAUCCAAAGUGUCCUACACGUUACAGCGCCAGACUAUUUUCAACAUUUCCCUUAUGAAACUCUAUAACCACAGGCCGCUGACCGAGCCACGCUUACAAAGAACAGUUUUAAUCAACAACAUGUUGAGGCGAAUACAGGAUGAAAUGAAGCAAGAAGGUAGUUUGAGGCCUGUGUUUAUCAGCACUCCUCAGUCUACAGACCCUCUUGGUGACGCCUAUCAGGAGGCACAGCCUGCAUUCAGCCAUCUUGCCCCUCCUCCGGUUCAACCUAAUGACCUACUAAGCACUACACCACUAGAGUCUUGCCUCACCCCAGCAUCUUUGCUUGAGGAGGACACGUUUUGCACUUCUCAGACAACUCAGCAGAAUGGUCCGAGCAUCAGACUACCACCACCAACACCUCCUCCACCCCCUAUCCAGCCAGUAAAGGACAGUUUCUCUUCAGCUUUGGAUGAGAUUGAGGAAUUAUGUCCAACAUCUACCUCCACAGAGGCAGCUGCAACAGAAGAAGCAACGGCACAUGUAAAUGAUGAUACUGCUGCAGCUAGUACCCACAAGCCAGAGGGAACACGAGAGAGACGAACAAGUGAGCCAAAACCAAUGGAUUCCCUUCCAGGAAAUUUUGAAUUAACAACAUCCACUGGCUUUCUUACUGACUUAACCUUGGAUGAUAUUCUCUUUUCUGAUAUUGAUACAUCCAUGUAUGAUUUUGAUCCUUGCACAUCCAAUGCUGGAACAGCCUCUAAGAUGGCUCCAGAUGAGCUUCUGAAAACAUUAUCUCCUUAUAGCAGCCAACCAGUAGCCCCAAGUCAGCCUUUUAAAAUUGACCUCACGGAAUUAGAUCAUAUCAUGGAGGUUCUGGUUGGCUCCUAAACAAGGUGACUUUUUUUUAUUACCUGUAACCCCAUAGAUUCACAGCACUGUGCAUGCAUUCUCUCUUGCCUUUGACCAAAACAAUAAUGAUCAUGGUACAUUUUGCGUUACGCUGUAUUGGAGUGCCUUGUGUAUGACUACUUUGGAGACAUUUUUGAUGUGGUUCUCCAAGGAUCUAACCACAGUCCACCGAUGAUUUCGUAUUACAAACAGUUUAUUAACAGCAAAGACAUCAGUUUCAAUUGUAAAUGUUAAGCACAAGGAUAAUGUUGGGGGAACGCUGUAAAUUGCAUGUGCAUAAUUGUCUAUUUUUUCAAUAAGUUUUAUUGCAAAAGGUAAAUUUUAUUAUUUAGAUAAUCAGAGUCCAUUUUUGGCAUUUUAUUCAUUCUUAGGUUGAAAAAUAGUAAAAAAAAUAAAUAAAAUAGAGGCAUUAAUUGUGGCUUUUACAGUAAAAUAGCAUAUACAUGGCUGCUUAGAUACCGCCACCCGAAUGUUUUUAUAUUUUUGUACAGAUUCUAUCAUUUAUUAUAUUGUAUUUCUAGAAAAUGUUAAAAAAAAAACCUGUGUUUGUACAAACACACACACAAUUAUUUUGAUGAAGUUAUAGAGAUAUAGCCCUUCCUAUUUCUAACAUGCAACACUAGGCCUGUGCUUUUGUAAUCCUUUCAAUUGGUUUCUAUAUUUUAUGGUGCAAAAAUGGUCAUGGAUCAAAGAGAGCCUGCAAUAAUUUCCAAACUUGGGUCUAUGUUGGAGUGGAUUGGGAGUAAGUGGAGAUAUGCCAUGUUUUUUUAGUUUUUGCUUGCAAAGAGUCUACGUUUUUUUUCUGCAGCCUCUUCUGUGGGUCAAAAAGGCUCCCAAAAAGUGUAUUUCCGUAGGCAACGCGUUUUCUUAUAGUGGCUCUAACUUCCUGCUCAGCUGACUGUAUUUUUAGUGCUGCUGUGGUCGAAAAAGGAAGCAGAAACCAGUCUAUUACUACAGACCUUACUGGGUAAGUCGUGGGCAAAUGGCUCUUCCCAACCUGCAGAAAAACAGCACAUGCACUUUUUGUUGGAUUCUAUAGGAACCCCUAAAUAUUAGAGCAAUGUGUACUAAUGUUUUACUUCUUAAGAAGUAAGAAUCUCAGUCACUGGCCAAUUAUACUCCCAUAGAAACUUCCAUUGAAUUUAAACAUAACUUGUUCUAAAUGCCAACUCAUUCAGAAGAAAGGUGGGAUGGGGUUAUGAGUUAAAUUCACAGCUAUGGAUUAUGUUUUUAGCAUCAUCCAUAAAAUAUUGAUUGGCAUUAGAAAAUGGUCCA